CCUCGACCAGCACCAACACGUGCUCCAAACCAAUUCCCUCUCAAAUAUUCCCUUAAUAGUAAUUCCCCCCUCGUAUUCAGCACAAUGGGCUCCAGUGCCAAGAAGAAGAAGGAGAAACAGAAGGAUUUUCAGAAAGCCAAACUCAAAGUCGGCAAAGCCAAAGCCAAGCCCGACAACUUCACCGACACCAGCUUCAAAGCGAAAAGCAUAACCCUAACGCAACAAUCCCUCACACUCUCCGCACCGACAUCCGCCACGCAAUUCACGCAUCAUGUCUCCCUUCUUAACUCCAAAUCCGACACUCAGCGGCGCGACUCCCUCGCCCACUUGACCACUCACCUCGCCAACAGCCGCCCCGGCGGCAGCCCGCCCCCGCAGCCGGUAAGUACGCUGCUCCAAACGCUCUCCCCGCUCAUCCUGGACGGCAACACGGGCGUGCGCACCCAGCUGCUCAAGCUGUUCCGCGCGCUUCCGCCCCGCGACGUCGAGGACCACGUCGCCCAGCUGCUCCCGUUCAUCCGCGCGGGGAUGACGCAUCUGGCCGCGGAUAUCCGUGUCACCGCGGUGGAGGUGCUGGCGUGGUUGGUGGAGGUGGCCGGCGUAGAGGUCGUCGGGUGUGCCGGCGGCUGGAUCAAGACGCUCAACUGCUUUUUGAGCGUGCUCGGCUGGCAUACGGAGGAGUCGUCCAAGUGGUCAGCCUCAAGAGCGGCGUUCGGGAAGUCCGGGAGUCAGGGGAAGCCGAUGGUUAAGGUGCUGGGGGUGUUGGCGGAGUUCUUAGAUGUGGGGAUCGGUAUGUCCGGAAAUGAAGACGGGGAUGUGGUUAUGGGGUGGACGGAAGAGAAUCGGGGUCAGGCUGGGGCAGGGGUCGGGAACUCGGAGUUCCCACUUGCGCAGGUUGAGGCCCAUCUCAUUCCCAAGACGGCGCAGCCGUAUGUCUAUCUCAAUCUGUUUGGGCAGCCCAGGGAUGAGGAAGGGGAGAUGUAUGAGACGAGGGAGGAUCGGUUCCGCGUUUUUGCCGCGCGAUUCCUCAAGGCGGUUGAGCGCGGGGUGGAGAGCGCAAGGCAGGAUGGCGGCGAGGUUGGGAGGGCUUCGUCGGCUGUCAGUAAAGUUCUUAAGGAGGCGAUGGCUUAUGCGCGGGGGGCUGGCUUGGAGGUGUAGUUUUGCUUCCGGUCUGGUUCUAUAACCCUUGUGAUGCGGGCGUUUCUUGUGGGGUUUUAUAGCAUAAAAAUUGGCUUUUCUUUCUGGUUUGCUUCUCUCGAUUUGAUGAACG